AUGCCCGUGCGCGCAGUGCCCUCCAGGUUCAUGUACAGGGGACUCUGCUCGGUGCCAGACAUCCUCUCUUACAGGACUCCCGUCAGCCUCCCCGAGGAUGAAGUUGAGGAGAUCCGAGAGGCCUUUGAAGUGUUUGACCGUGAUGGGAAUGGCUUUAUCUCAAAGCAGGAGCUGGGUGUGGCCAUGAGAUCUCUGGGUUAUAUGCCCAACGAGGUGGAACUGGAGGUCAUCAUUAAGAGACUGGAUAUGGACGGUGACGGCCAGGUCGGCUUUGAGGAGUUUGUAACGCUGCUCGGCCCUAAGCUGUCAUCAGUUGGCAUGCCUGACAAGUUUCACGGAGCAGACUUUGAUUCUAUAUUUUGGAAGUGCGAUAUGCAGACGCUGACGGUGGAAGAGCUGAAGAGACUGCUGUACGAAACGUUCUGCGAUCACCUGACGAUGAAAGACAUAGAGAACAUCAUCAUGACAGAGGAAAGCCAUCUGAACACCGCCGAGUGUCAAGUUGAUAUUGACACAGGCUCGAUGCAACAAGUCAAGCACACGUGUGUGCGAAAGAGCUUGAUUUGUGCCUUUGCCAUCGCAUUCAUCAUCAGCGUCAUGCUAAUCGCAGCCAAUCAGAUGCUUCGAAGAGGGAUGAAGUGAAUAAGUGAAUCUCAUCUCCAGCUUUAGGCCAGAGGCUUUUAAAAGAACACCAAGAUAAGGAUGCUCGGUCAGAGAGAGAAACAUUGC